CUCCAGGAGGAAGCGACAUGUCCCGUCUGUCUGGAGUAUUUCACAGAACCUGUCACUCUGGAGUGUGGGCACAAUUUCUGCCGAGCCUGCAUCAGCCAGUGCUGGGAGGGAUCCGAUAUAUCCUGCCCUCGGUGCGGAGAAACUGUGCAACAGAGAAACCUCAGGCCCAACAGGCAACUGGCAAAUGUCGUAAAAAUCACCAAGCAGUUGAAUUUACAGGCGGCAAAAGGAGCAGGAGGGGACGGGGUGUGUGAGAGACACCAGGAGGCUCUGAAACUGUUCUGUGAAGAGGAUCAAACCCCCAUCUGUGUGGUGUGUGACAGAUCCCGGGCUCACCGCGCUCACACGGUGGUUCCCAUCGAGGAGGCUGCCCAGGAGUACAAGGAAAGAAUCCAGGCCCAUUUGAAAACUCUGAGGGAAGAGAGAGAAAAGCUGCUGGGAUUGAAAACGACUGGAGAGAGGAAUUGCCGGGAAUAUCUGAAACAAACACAAACCGAGAGGCAGAAGAUUGUGUCUGUAUUUCAUCAACUGCGGCAGUUCCUGGAGGAACAAGAGCGACUCCUGCUGGCCCAGCUGGAGAAGCUGGACAAGGAGAUUGUGAGAAUCCAGAAUAAAAAUGUCAGUAAAGUCUCCAAGCAGAUUUCCCGUCUGAGUGAGCUGAUCAGUGAGAUGGAGGGGAAAUGUCAGAAGCCAGCAAGUGAAUUCCUACAGGACGUCAGAACCACCUUGAGCAGAUCCCAUGUUGGAUACAAAUCUCUCUGA